AUGACAAAAACACUCGAAAAGAUGUUUUUAGCUAAUGUUAUUUUAUAUCUUGAGACAUUAGAAACACUUUGCCAAUUUCAAAUGGUCAAUUCUAAAUGUUUUGAUGCAGUUAAAAUGUUAAGAAUAAAUCCAGGAUUAAAACCUCAAAACAUGAUUAACAAUCCCGAAGAAAUGACAUCAGUCGGUUAUUCAUUUACAAAAGAACUUCAAUUCUUUCCCUUUCUUGAAACAGUAAAACUAACUUUUUUUUCACCACUAAUUCUGCGUUGUAUACCAACUUCAGUUAAACGAAUUUAUUUACAAAAAGAAAUUGAUGAUGAACAGAUUAGUUGUUUAUUGCCACUAAAAGAAAAAAUAGUAGAGUUAAGAUUAUUUACAUAUGAUUCUCCUAUAGAUUUGGAACAAUUCCCUUUGUUAACUAAAAUUUCAUUAAGAACUCAUUGCUCUGUACCAACAACAACUAAUUAUCUUGAACAAUUCUUUACUAAUAAAAACCAUAGAUUUGAAUUAGUUCAUUUGAAGAUGUUAAAAUUUUUUGAAGAAUCAUUCAUUCAAACAUUAAAUGAAUAUAAUAUUCGAUUAUUUGUUGUUGACUUAAAUGACUUAAAUCAAAUCAGAAAGGUACUUGAUAUUAGUACUAGAUGUGUACGAGAUAUUAAAAUUUGUUGUAAUUCUUGGAUAAAAGGACUUGAUCCCAAAGUUGUAAUCACCAAUAAUAAUUGGACGUACCAACAAAAUUAUCAAUUUGAAGAAUUAUUAAAGGAGAGAUAUAUCCCAACAAUUAGUGUUACUAAAUUACAUGAAAUAAACUUGAAAAAAUUUGACUUUCUAAGAAGUCUAUCAUUUGAUAAAUGUAAAGUGGAUGCAUUAAACCUUCCAAAAGAAGUAAAUCAUAUAACAUUAAAAGAAAGUGAAGUACUUCAUAUAGAACAGCUAACUGAUUUACAAGAAUUUAUUUUAAUAAAUUGCACUUCUCUUUCUUCUUUACCAGUUCAUUGCACAAAAUUAAAAAUGGAUCAAUGUUCAUUUAACAUACCCAAAAUCCCAGUUGAUAAUGAAUUAAAAGAAUUGGAUUUGUUUAAAUCAAAUAUAGAUAUUUCUUACUUUAAGAAUCUUACUAGUCUUUGUUUUAAUUUAGUUACGAUUAAUAACAAUUUACCUAAAAUGAACCAACUAAAAAAGUUAUCAUUUACACAAUGUGUUAUAAAAACACAGAUCGAUGUUCCUUCUUCAGUAACUCAAUUUUGUAUUUCUUGUAUGAGCGAUAAAAUGAUUUCUCUUUCUGAAGCUAAAAAUAUUAAAAGAAUAAAGUGUGUAGAUAUAGUAAAUGAAGUUAGUUUAAAUGAGUCAUAUUAUCAUUAUUCUAUGUGUCAAAAAGUUGGAGGUCAAUUACAAAAUGUUAUUGAAAGUGUUGAUGAAUUAAUUUGCACACCACUAACAAUUAAUGACUUUAUGCUAAUACCAAAUAAAAUAAAAAAAGUUAUACUUAUUUCUCAAUAUUCUGUAAAUGGUGUUAUUCCUGUGGUCAUAGACCUACGUUCAUGGAAAGAUUUAAAUGAGCUUUGGAUUGAAACCUCAGAUAAUAAAUUUAUUUUACCAACUACAUUAAAGAAAUUACUCAUUAAAUCUUGUUACAAUAUUAUUAUUAAUAAUUUAGAAGAGGUUCCAUUGAAAGAAGUUUAUCUAGAGUCUAACACUUCUAUUAUUCCUCAUUUAAACCCUUCAGUUGAAAAACUUUAUUUUGAUACUUACAAUAAAGAUGUUAACAUUCAACUCCUUAAACGUUUUCCACAUUUAUUUCCAAUAGAAUAA